AUUGCCUCCAUUCUAUUAUAAUCGUAUGUGGGUCAGUUUUGAUGAUGCGGAGAAGAAAAAUGCCGUCCCAAGUUCUAUAUAGAUUCGAUAUCCUUUCGCGCCGUUAUUUGUAAAUUUCUCAUUCAUAAAAUCGUUUCAUGGUAUGAUUUUUGUGUUAUAGAAAAGUUUAUUUUGGUAUUUUGAGCAGGAAUCAUGUAAGAAUUGUUGAGUGAUAUCUGUGCACGUGUAUUUUGGUUGAAAUUCAAACACGACGCCGAGUUUUUCCGAAUAUCGUGAUGCCAUGAAGGUGGGUCACGUGACCUUGGGUUUCCCUGACCUUUUGAACUGUUGUGUUCGCGCGCACUGAUGUCCCGUUCAAUUUCAGGACGAUUGUAUUUACGAUUUCGUGUAUCAUUUAUCUAUUUUUUCGUUAAAACCUCUAAGUAUUCUAUCUUUAGAUCGUGAUUACUUAAGCUAUUUCAUAGUAUUGAUUUUGAAAUGUUUGCACUUAGUCAUAUAUGAGUAAGAACAUCCUUCAUGAGUGGUUCUGUGAUUAAUGGUAAAUUAGGUCACGCUGCCAUCUACUUCAACGGGGGGAUUCGACAGGAGCCCGCCAAUUUUGGGCUAUUAUCUUGACGAUUUGGACUGGACGACAGCCUCGAUGGAGAAGACGGUUAUGGAACAGAUGACAAGCUUACUCCACUUCAGAAGCUUGAGAAAUACAUGCAGAGUGACAAUGUUUAUACAAGACAAAUGGUGGCAAGAGGUCUGCUGGAUACGUUGCGGGCUGUGGAGAACACGACGGACAGGGAAUGUGUUGCCGUCCUCAAUGCUAUGGUCAGAUUGUCUGAGGACAGUGAUCCAAUUGUUAGGUCCGAGUUGAUGGAACAGGUUCCACAUAUAGCAGUAUAUUGCCAUGAACAUGCUAUAGUAUUCCAAAACUCUGUGCCUUUGUAUGUCCUGCCCAUGGUAGUUAGAUACCUCAACGACCACCACAAUCAGGUUAGAAAAACCAGUCAGGCUGCUCUUUUGGUGCUGCUGGAACAGGAGUUGAUAGUAAAAGCUGAUAUAGAACAACAGGUAGUGAGUGUCAUCCUUGACCUUGCCAGUCCCGACAGUUUGGAUGACUACAGAACAGAAGCUGUGGCUCUGAUGAGCAAAAUGGCUCCUUUGUUGGGAAAGGAAAUGACAGAACGAGUGUUUUUACCCAGAUACUGUGAGAUGUGUACAGAUCCUCUUUUUCAUGUUCGAAAGGUGUGUGCAGCGAACUUUGGAGACUUCUGCACUGUAGUGGGACAGGAGAACACAGAACAACAGUUGCUGCCAAAGUUCUACUAUCUUUGUGAAGAUGGUGUGUGGGGAGUGAGGAAAGCCUGUGCUGAAUGCUUCAUGGAAGUGUCGUGUGCCUGCUCACCAGAUGUGAGACGAGGAGAACUAUCAACCCUCUUUGUCAAUCUGCUCUGUGAUCUGUCACGAUGGGUACGGAUGGCAGCAUUCCAACAACUUGGUCCCUUUAUUUCCACGUUUGCUGACCCAGGAGUAACGGGAUUAUAUUUUGAUGAUGAAGGCAUACUUUGCAUCAAGAAUCCAGAAGUUUUACUAUCACUGGAAAGUGGUGAGAGAUUACAAAACAUUGUUGGACAGAUGGACAAAGAUGACAUGCUCGUGUCUCCUCCUGAAUAUGACGCCAACACUGAUGCAAAUGUUAAGGAAGAAAUUGAUGAGAAAAGACUUGGUGUGGACAUUGUCUGUGAUAAUGACAAUGCUGGAGAACCAAUGGAAAUCUCAACUAUAGACAAUGAAAGUGACAGAGACAGUAUUCUUAAAUCAGAAACAAGUGACACACCUGAUAUAUCGCCCGAAGAGUUACGAGCAAAAUGUUACAAAGAUGCAGAAAAGUCUGCGUCUCCUGAUGUAGACUCUGAAGUAAGAGAAGCUGUUGAAGGUAGUGAACUCAGUGAAACAAACAAAUGUGAACCUCGAUGUGAUAGUGAGGAGCAGGUUUCUGCUUCUGGACAGCAACAAGUAAAGGAAGAAUCGAAAAACAAUUCUGAAGAUAUUUUAUCAAACUCGGCUACAGAAAAAGACAACUCUUCUGCUGGAUCAGAAGAUGUAGUGCAUAUACAUUUAGAUAAUGUAGUAACCAAUUUCAAUUCUUUCCAGUAUUGGCGAACUCCAUUACCCGAGAUUGACUUAGAUUUUGAUAUUGUUAAUGGAGCUGCCACGAACUUUCAGGUGACCACAAAAGUACGAGAGGAUAAGAUGUACAGCAUGUCGGGUCCCCAGGACAGCAGUACGACCAAUAACACAUCAAAUAGCAAUACACGAGCAUCUAGUGAUAGACUGUCCGACACACUCAAUUGGCUUCAGUUGGCUGAAGACAAAGGACCCAGCCAAUCUGUGAUAGAGGAAGGAGUCAAGUUUCACACUGCCAGUGUAAAUACAGUGUGCGAUGAAACGGUUGAUAAUAUUGGCAGUACACAUGUCCUCGGUGAGCAUUUGAAUGAGACCACCAGUAAAAUUGUGGAUGGUGUUGUAAAAGACAUAAGUGGAAGUAGUUUAUCCGACAAUGCAGAAAUGGACGAGGCCCAACUUGCUCAACAACAGAUGUUGAUGUGUUUAAACCAGGAUAUAGUGCCUCAGAGCCUGCUGGAGAGCUACCUUGGUAUGGCAGAUCCCUCGAGGGCCCAAACUGUGGAUACGGAGAUCACACGACACUGUGCCUACAAUCUGCCAGCUGUGGCCUACACAUUGGGUCGUAAAAACUGGAACUGUAUCAAGAUGCUGUAUGAUGUGCUGGCCACGGAUAUGCAGUGGAAAGUUCGUAGAACAUUGGCCUUUUCCAUCCAUGAAAUGGCAUUGAUCCUUGGAGAGGAAAUAACACACCGAGACCUUGUACCUGUAUUUGAUGGAUUCCUCAAGGACUUGGAUGAGGUCAGAAUUGGAGUUUUGAAACACUUGGCAGACUUUCUGAGACUUUUGAAACCUGACAUGCGACAACAAUACCUUACAAAAGUGGAAUGCUUUAUGAACACAGACAACUGUCGCAAUUGGAGAUUCCGAUUGGAAUUGGCAGAUCAGUUGAUGCUGAUGUCGGAGCUAUUCUCCGCUGAUGAAGUCAGCCGCUACCUUCUUCCCCUUGGCAUCACUUUAGCAGAAGAUAAAGUGGCGGAGGUUCGCCAAGCAGCAUUCAGACUGCUCAGCAUCAUGAUGAAACGGAUGGCUGACAGAAAUGAUGAAAAAUUGACAAUAGGUCUAGUAAAGGCCUUGAAGGAAAAAUUUGCUGAGAGUAAUAAGUGGGCAAGAAGACAAGUGUAUGCUCAAUUAAUAGAAUAUGUACUGGAGGAAGAUGCUGUUCCUAUAGAGAUCUUCACUACAGAGUUGGUGCCAAGUCUUUUAUCUCUAUGUCAUGAUGCUGUGCCAAAUGUGAGAAUUUCUGUUGCCAAAACGAUGUCUCGACAUAUAUUCACUCGUGAAUAUUUUACAUCGCCAAAGAAUCCUCUUUAUGAGGAGAUGUGUAGGACACUGCAGAAUUUACAAUCCGACAGUGAUCGUGAUGUGCGUUUCUUCGCUUGCCCCCAGCAAGAUACCUGUGUAGACAAUGAGGAAGACUUUAAUCCUGAUUAUAUACAAGCAAAUAAUUUCGCACAGGAUGAUGAAACGCUUCCUGUUUAAGCCAGAGGAACCCAGAUGUGUCCGUUGUAUAGGGGACUCAGGGACCAAGACUCAACUGUAUGCAAUGUCGCAGGCUGUGAUAGCUUCGCACAUGUGUUAGUAAAUUGAAUGAUUUGUGAUAAUUAAAAUCAUGCCGAUAGUACAAGACAGAUGCUGGUGUCUUUAGGCCAUGUUUGAAGAAUAUUUCUGUUUUCUGUUAUGUUCAAUAGUCAAAACAUCUUGUAGAGUUCAUUGAACCAGUGAAAAAACUAUCCUUUACAAAAGUUGGGUCCCAGUGAGUGAUGAACUUUGUCCCACAUUGGAAUUAAUACAAGACAAAAUGAGAAUUGCAUUGAAAAGUUACAAGACUGACUAAAUGACCUAAAUAUGUUCCUGAUUGAAGAACACUGAACAAUUGGAAGACUGACAAAGAAGUUUGGGCACCCCCAAUAAAGUUUUGAAGUAAAGGAAACACAUAUUUUUGUAACUUGGCCUAACUUGUACAAUGUAUACAAAUAUAUAAUCCAACUGGGGCUGUGACUUUAUGUUGUGUGUUGUCUGAGAGCAGUAACAUGUGACUUUGUGUUGUGUGUUAUAUGAUGGGAGUGGCGUGUGACUAAUUGUUCUGUGAGAGGAUUAAACGACACUGAAUGAUCAUUGAUUGUUUUGCCAUAUUGGCUAUACAUGUAACUUCACCUGAUAGAUAUUAUUGUUCUGAGGUAAAAAAUUGAAUGCCUUGUUUGCCAAACUGUAAUAUCUUACUUAAGCACACAUGGCUUCAGUUUCUUAAAUACUCCUUGACCAAGACUUUUUCUUAACAACGUUGCUUAAUUUAAAGGGAAAUGCUCAAACUUGAGCUGUGGAAUAUUUGGUAAACUGGCCUGAACCAAUGGCCAUUGUCCAGCCUUUUGGUAACUUUUCAUCCACUUUGGCUUGUUGUACAAGUCGUAUGCUAAGCACAAAGUGGUAUAGUGGAUAUCUUGGGUAAAAAGAACAAGGAAAUUUACUACUGCUUAUUUUCUAGACAGAUCAUUAUGAAUUGAUAGUUACAAAUGAUCUACUACAGUAAAACCUUUAUAUUUCUGCCAUUUAUCUUGAAAAAGAAUGUGUCAAGGGGAGAGAAAGGUAUAAAGAAAUUAUUUCUUUUAUUGAUGAAUAGAUGUGGGAUGUUGAAAUUUGUUUAUGGUAAGCGAGAUGAAAAUUGAAUGAAAUUAAUGGCACUGUAUGAAUGUUUUACUGUAGCUUUGUAUUCUGUUUCUCAUGUUGGCAACACAGGUUUCUUGCAGUCCAAAGUGCUGUGUAUUUGACAACUUUUCAACUAAUGAUAUACAGUAUAAUAGUAUAGUUGAGUCCCUAGUAGCUGCCAAGUUGUGCUACUUUACUAGUCUGAACUUCACACGGAAGGUUGUAUGCGGGCUGUUUUACCCAUUCACCUGAAACUUCAACAAACAUCCGGCUCUUAUAAAGGGCUUAGUAUUUGUAGGACUGAAAGUCCAGAUUGUAGAGUAUUUAAAGAUAGAUGUCCUGAAUACAUCAACACGAGUAACGAAACCUAGGGUCCAUUUGACCUUUUAUUUAUAUAUAUUGGUAUUCUUUUAGACAAUAAAUCAUUAUUUAUGUACGGGUUUAUACUAAGAUUUUAUAUAGAUUGUUGUAUGGUCCAGCUGUUUUAAGUGUUGUUGGCUUGCUAACUCAAAAUUUCUAUAAGCUGAAAUUGGACAAAUGUAUUUUAAGUGCUUGUUUAAAAUCCUGGCACACAGCUUUUGUUAAAUUUCAAUAAUUUUACAGUUAACAGCACUUUAAACAACCGGCCCCAGGUAAUUUAGUGCUGGGUUCAGAUGGCUUCAUUUUCCUCCUGUUUUUUCAUGGUGCCUUAAAGAAGUUUAUUUAAGUAUUCCUCAUUUGGGUACAAGUGAUUUUAUCAUCAAGUCACUAUUUUUCUCAUUUUGGCAAUAGAAUAGUACGAAUAAUAUUUUGUCUACUUGAUUUUGCAAUCUUGCAGUCAUCUAUUCCAUUCAUAUCUUGUUACUUGGCAAUACUUUUAUAGAUUUAGCAAAUCGUUAAUCAUUACUGGAUGGUACAUUCGGGAUGAAUUUGCUACAAAUCUACCUCAUCGUCAUUGCUAGUCAUAGGAAUAAAAUCCAAAUAGUUGAUGAUUUUUCAGAAGCAUGAAAUUCAUUGCAGUCAACAACAAUACUUUUUACUUGUUUAAACUUAAAACCUGGUUUAUGCUCCACUCAUAGAAGGAUCAAUGUUAGCCUACAAUGCAUCAACAAUGUUAUUGUUAACUUUGCCUCAAAUGUCAAAAACAAAACACCAAGCCAAUUAUCUUGAUUAAAAACUGUAAUUCCUUGUUUAUAGGCUUUUGAAAUAUUUCGUAGAGCAACUGAUGUUAAUUGGGUUAUUGAGUCAAGACUGCAGAAAAUGUACUACAAUGUUGUAUAGAAAUUACUGUUAUGUAGGGUGCUAAAAUUGUGACAUUGGUUUAAUGUAGAAAGCCUGGAACCCAAAAGUGCUUGGAAUACUGUACUUAUUAACUCAUUCACCCCUGAAAACUUAUUUGAACUCUGCCAAUUCAAAGGUUGGAAUAGUUAAUAAUGAAAUUUCAGGGGUGAAUGAGUUGAAAUGUUUCACCACCACUUUGAUUAUUGCACAUUUAAAACAUCAACAAAAUCCUUGCUGUAAAAUAAAAAUAAAAAAAUGAAAUUAACAUUUGAUAAAAUGAUGGUUAUUUAAAUUGGUUCAAAAUUACAUUGUAAUUUGUGUCAGAUUUGAAGGCUUUUCCUUUUUGUUGAUGAGAUUUUGAUACCAGUCUUCCUCUACAGGCUAUAUAUUUUGAAAUGUUAUAAAAUUGUCGAGUUAUUUACACUGAGGAUUAUGUAACUGUCGGGGAGGAAUCUACAAUAUGCCUGCUAUUGUUUUCUCUGGGAGUGGAAUGAGUGCCACAAUCAAAAUCUAGAUAGGGCCAGUAUCUACACCCCACGUUGGUCUAGUGUGAUAUGUCCAAGAUGGUGAAAACUAUCUUUUAUAAUAAUUACCAAAGAUUUGAAUUGAGGAAAAUAUCCUGCAAUUGAAAAAAAUAAAUGUAUUUAUGGUUGUAGCUAAAGUAAAUCUACAAAAAUAUUAACAAAUAAUAUUUGUUUGAAACAAUUUGGGUUUGUAGAUCUGAUAGGUGUGAUAUCGACCGACUCCAACACUUACAGCUGUAGUCAUGUAUAAACAUGUCGGUGGCGUAGCAUACAUGUAUGUUCAAGCAUACACGAACAUUUUCAAGAAGAUUUUUUUUAAUCUGAUAUUUUUAUUAAAGUCUAAUGUAUCGAUCAUAAAAAAUAUUCUUGGAAAUUUUAGUCUGACGUAACAUAUAGACUCUAUCGUGUUCUCAGAUAAUCUAUUAAGGGCGUUAUAGUCUUUUCAUACUAAAAGGUGUUCCCAGAACACGGGUGAUUGCUUCUAGGGCCUGCUAGAAUUUUUUCCAUCUAUGUAAGCAUACCCUGCGAAAAAUGAUUUGCUACGUCACUGCAUGUGUAACCACCUAUGUACAGCACGGUUCUGUAUCUAUAAUACUCGCCAGUUCAACGUUACCGCCAUCAAAGCUGGGCUAUUAUUUUUUGUGGAUGAGACUUGGUUGGACAAUGGGAAUGAAACGAGUUGUCACUGGUUGUAAGUGUUGGUAUGGGGUAGAAACGUGUCCAGUCUCGUCAUGUUAAGGCAAUAUUUGUACCAGUGUAUGGACAGUGCUACGUUCAUAACAAGACGGCUGGUGGAGUGUUGAGCAUAUUUCUGAUUGUCUUUCACAACCUGAAUCCAUUAAUUUAUUGGAUAAUAUGUGAUUUUGAGUGACCAAGUAUUUGAUAUUAUUGAUUUUUUAAGUGGUAAAUAAAAACAUGAAACGAU